GGUCCGUGCUGCUCCUGGUUUUACAGGACCUGCCCCCCAGACGCGGUUCCAGGAUGCAGCCAGUGACCACCGGCCUCCUGCUGCUCUUGGCAGCGUUUCCUGCCCUGAAGGCUGAACACCCUAUGGAUCCAGCAAGCCCCUUCUUUUAUGACUGGCACCGCCUGCGGGUCGGGGGGCUGAUCGCCGCUGCCAUUCUCUGCACCCUGGGGAUUGUCGUGCUGCUCAGUGGAAAAUGCAAAUGCAAAUUUAACCGCAAAGCCAGCCGGCGACCAAAUGAGCCCCUGCACCUCAUCACUCCUGGCAGCACCAGUAACUGCUGAACCAGGAUGGUCCCGGUGCCAGGUCUCGCCCGGGGCGCUGGCUCCUUGCUGGGACAUCCCGUCCCCCCACCCUCCCCAUCUAGGGAGGGGGAGAAGUUUUUUAACUGAACUUUCCACGCUGUGGAAUAAAAGUCUCCUGAGCUUGAAA